AUGGCGAAGCAAAAUAUACUCCUCAUGGUCGCCGACGAUCUAGGCAAGCAACUGGGCUGCUAUGGAAACACCAAGAUCCAAACGCCCAACCUGGACCAACUCGCCGCUGAAGGAACAAGAUUUGACCAGGCGUAUACCAGUACCGCCUCCUGCAGCGCCAGUCGCUCGGUCAUUUACACCGGACUGCACACCCACCAGAAUGGCCAGUAUGGACUGCACAAUGGUAGACAUCACUUCACGACUUUCGACCAUGUGGAAACGGCACCAGCCCUGUUCUCUCAGCAUGGUUAUACAACCGGUCUAAUCGGCAAGGUCCACGUCGGUCCAUCAUCCGUCUAUCCAUGGGAUAUGCGCGCGGAGAGUGACAGCCGGGAUGUCGCCAAAGUAGCAGACCAAGCCUCGGCCUUCUUCCAAGACUGCAAGAAGGACGAGAAACCUUUCUUCCUAACGAUCGGAUACAUCGACCCGCACCGAGACCUCACACGUUCUGGCUUCGGUAAUAUGGAAGACUAUGACCCGCGCGUGAAGAAAACCCCCUACAAGAGUGAAGACGUCGCCGUCGAACCAUUCGUGAACGACCUUCCGGGCGUCCGAUUCGAGUUCGCAGAGUACUACCAGUCCAUUUCACGACUGGACCAAGGCGUGGGCAUGGUCCUGGACGAACUGAAAAAGAACGGCUUAACAGACGACACGCUGAUCAUCUUUAUGAGCGAUAAUGGGCCUCCAUUCAUCAAUUCCAAAACAACCCUCUACGACGCAGGCGUUUGUCUCCCCUGUUAA